AUGCAGGUCGCAACAGUAGCAGCUCCAUGCGGGACUGCUGCUGUCCUGUGCUCUGGGUGUGGGCUUCCUCAGCAAUCGACGAGAAGAGGGCCCGCAUGGGCUGGCGCUAGCAAACCGUAUGCGGGUUCUGCACUUCAGAAUACGGCUGCUGGAUCCAGAAAGAAGAAGAGUGUGCGAUUGGUGAGCUCGCUCCAUGGGAAGUUACUGCGUCUCCAGUCCCAGGUCUAUACUGGGAUCAAAACACAUGUGCGUAAAGAACCAAUCACAGCUGACUGGAAGGAGCUUACAGGCGUCUUGGUGCUGUCAGCCUUCCCCUUCCUCUUUGUCAAGUACCUGGCCGAGGGGCCCACAGGCGAUAGGCUGAUGGAGAAUGCGCAGAAAACAAAGGCGGAGAAGGAGCCCCAAAAGCAAGAGUUUCAAGAGAAGCAGACGGAGGCGCGCCAGAGAAGUCGGUGGUACGGCCCUGAACGGCCGAAGUGGCUGGGUCCCCUUCCGUACGAAUAUCCGGGGCAUCUCAGCGGAGAAUACCCCGCAGACUACGGUUUCGACAUUCUAAACCUCGGCGUGGACCCGAGCAACUUCCAAAAGUACUUCAAUUUCGAGAUCCUGCACGCCCGGUGGGCCAUGCUGGGCGCGCUCGGCGCGCUCAUCCCCGAAGUCCUCCAGUACUUCAGCGCGCUGGACUUCACGGAGCCGGUGUGGUGGAAGGUGGGCUACGCCAAGCUGCAGGGCGAGGACCUCGACUACUUCGGCAUCCCCGGGCUGCACAUUGCGGGCGGGCAGGGGAUUCUGAUCAUUGCGUUCUGCCAAGCCAUACUCAUGCUCGGCCCCGAGUAUGCGCGCGCAACUGGCAUCGCUGCCCUUGAGCCGGUCGGGUUGUACCUCCCGGGAGACGAGAACUUUCCUGGGGGAGCGUUGUUUGAUCCCCUUGGUUUGGCGGACGACCCGGAAGCUUUUGAGGACCUGAAAGUGAAGGAGAUGAAAAACGGGCGGCUUGCAAUGGUGGCGUGGCUCGGGUUCUACAUCCAAGCUCUAGUAACCCAAAAGGGCCCGUUGCAAAAUCUGCUAGACUUCGCUUCAGAUCCUGCCCAUAACAACAUAUUUACUGCCUUCAAUUCGUCGUGAAGCCGACAUUCGACUCUGCCGCUUCCAUGUAAGUUGUAUAUUUUCAUAGAUCAACAAAUUACUUUAGAAAUGUUCCUUGCUCGGAUCCAUUGUCUGCAUUUUGAUGACGUGCGUGCUGC